UUGGAUCAAUCACCAGCAUUCCAUGUAACAUUGAAUAAAUACAUUAGAUAAAUUACUUUGUUCAUUUAAUGAGCCAGUUUCCCGGACAAAGAUUAAGCCUAGUCUUGAACCUUAAAUAACUUUCUAUUGAAACUUCCAUUGAUCAUGCUUUAAGUCCAGCACUAGACUCAAUCUGUGUCCAGGAAACUGGCCCCAUAUGUAUAACUGACAUGCUUGUCCUUGUUCAGGACUCCACACACUGGCUUCAGAUUGAACCCUUGACUUCCACUGUCCAGGGAGUGACAAUGUUCAGGCACAGGACACCCAAAGGGCGUUAUGAGUGCACAGUGUCUGGGAUCCGCUGGGUGUGUGAGAGAGAUGUCAUUCUGAAGUAUCACUUCAGGAACUGGGAACCCUACAGUCAACUUCUGAAAGACAUGCAGUACGGACAAGGUGGUCCAUUGCUGGACAUCACUAUGGAGUUAGGUGAACUGGAGGAAGUUCAUCUGCCACACUUUGUCUGUUUAGGGACCAACCCUUCCCUGGGGAAUGAGAUGAAGAUUUUUCAUGUAGAGGAACAUGGAGUGUCUUUUGAGGAAGUGCAUGAGGUCACCAGAUGCCAUGCUAAGAUUCUCCAUCCCAAGUUCUCAGUUAUCUCUGUUAUACUGAGCUAUAUCUUUUGGUGGAACAUAGAUGUCCACUGUGAGCUGAUGCUCUAUCUGACAGUGAAAAAGGAAAUACUAAUUCCACGCCUAUACCUGUUCCCCAGUAACCCCAGCCAAAUACAGGCUGUGGAACAACAGGAAAAGUCUCAAGGGUCUUCAAGGGUUCUCAUCACAAGACCAGAGCAGGCCUUCAAACUGAAUAGUUACUUCAGACUGAACAUUCCCUGUUCUACCUACAUCAAUCCACAGAUUCAUCUCAUACAUAGAGACUCCACACCAAGCUUUUUCAAGGCGGUUUUGAAAAUGACAGGGGUUGACAUUGAGAUGGAGUUAUUCGGUGAUGAUGAGAGGAUUGCAUGGAAAAAGUGGUAUCACAAAAUGAAUACAUCACUGCCACCCAUUCAACAACAUUAACAGUCCCUGACAUUCCUGCUGAGGAGUUUCUGAAGAAACACUGGGCUAAACUAAUUCAGCGAACCAAAAACUCAAUGCCAAUAGCAGAUGAUCUGUGGUCAAAGAACAUGAUUGGUGAAGAAGAGCACUCCAGAAUAACAGCUGAAACAACUGAACAGGACCGAAU